CUCUCUUUUUUAGGCGUUCGUUUAAAUGUAUUUAAACAUUGAAACAAUUCAGCAUGUUUAAAAUUAAAAUAACAUCUAAACUAACAAUUUUCAGACAUAACAUUGUUAAAAACUGCGUCGAUUAAUUCAAAAUUAGAGGUUUAUUUACAAAAAAGUCCAAUUGCACUUUGCAACUUCACCGAUGCAUAAAAAUGCAUGAAAGUUUCAUAGAAUUAUAUAGCCAUUAUAUGUAACAUAUUACCAUUUAAUUUUGUCAUAUGACAUUUUUCGUCACUUCCAAUUCUUUUAAAGAUAUAGUUCGACCCAGUUCUGUAGACACUCUGUAUGUAUAUAUGAUCUGUCAGAUAACUAUCCGACCUUGCGCUAUAACAUAAAAAAGAACUAAAUUUGAUUAAUAGCGAUAAUGUCCCCUUCAAAGUACUCCCUUUGGAAAGUUACAAUCUUCUUUCAGCGAUUUUCGGAAACAUUCUUUAUAUUCAAAUUUUGGUAUAGUUAACAGCCGCUUUGUCACGUUUCUUUUUGUCCUCCAAGUCUUUUCCACAAAUUUGGCCGUUUCAUUUUCAUUGCGAGACGUAAUAGUUUCAAAACUUCUUUGUAAUAUUCUUUAUUUACCGUCUUUUAUUAUUAACUGAGGUUUAUUAAUUAAAACUCGAAUUAGUUACAUAUUUUUAGCCGUUAUUUUGGGUUUUCCAGAACGAGGGUUGCUCUUAACUGAUGUACGACCACUUUUAAAUCGCUUAAGCUAUUCUUUAAUCUUUGUGUCAUUUAUGGAUUCAUUGCCAUAUACUUUAAGAAUGAUAUAGAUGGUUUCCGAACACGAAUGAAUGAGUUUUUGGCAACAUUUAAUGCACAUUCUUUAUUCAUUAUGUAUAGUCAUCGUUAAAAACGACGUGCACGAAAUUCAACAUUUACUCAAAAGUGUAUCAUUGUCAACUGAAGACUUGAAGGUGCUGCCUGGCACUUAUAAAGAUCCCUUCUUAACACUAAAUUUACCAGAUUAGUCAUUUUGACUAGUCAUGCAAUUUAAAUUCAAAAUUCCUACUGUAACAUUUGCUUUCCGAAAUGAUGUUGUGAUUUUUGUAGCUAUAAAUAGAGAAUACAUUUUAUGAACUUAAUAUUACAUUAUAUACAAUAGUAACAAAUAUAUUUGUUGUUAUUGACACUUAUACCAGUAUCAGUCAAAAUGACUGGUGCACGUUUCUAUGAAGAAAUUCUGUAAAAAAACGACAUUGGGGAAGCUAUAACAAUUGAUGAGUACUGCAAUAUUUUAUCGACACAGAAAUAUGAUUUCUGGAGAAUGAUGAGACCGAUGCAUUACAUAUGGCGAUUUUACUGAGAUUCUGCGAUAUAUUCCUUUCGACAAAAGAUAUCAGAGGAGUCGACGUUUGCAAACAGACAAAUUCGCUUUAGUCUCAGCAGUUUGGGACAAAUUUAUUGAAAACAGUCAAAAUUGCUUUAAACUGGGAGCUUAUAUUACCGUGGAUGAGCAACUCUUUCCAACGAAAGCCAGAUGCAGAUUUACCCAGUAUAUGCCAAACAAACCCCAUAAAUUUGGCAUAAAAUUCUGGCUGGCAUCUGAUGUACAGAUGAAAUAUGUGGUAAGUGGGUUUCCGUAUUUAGGAAAAGACGAGGCUCGAGAUGCAUCAACCCCCCUAAGUGAAUUUAUUGUAAUGAAACUUCUUGAACCGUAUACCAUGACGGGUCGAACUGUGACAACUGAUAAUUUUUUUACAAGUUUUUCUUUGGCGUUAAAAUUAAGAUCUAAAAAUACCUCGUUGCUUGGAACAAUACGCGCAAACAAGAGGGAACUGCUGAAAACCUGCAAACUGAAAAAAGAUGGCAUGGCUCGUUUCUCAACGUCGUUAUAUCAAUCCGAUGGAUGCACACUUACCGUUUACAAGAGCAAACCAAAUAAAAAAGUACUUAUACUAAGUACAAAGCAUAAACACGUCACAAUUGAUAAAAGUGCUAAGAAAUUACCUGAAACUGUAUCGUUUUAUAAUAGAACUAAAUUUGGCGCCGAUGUCACUGAUCAAAUGGCACGAAAAUAUACCGUGAAAUCAAGUUCCAGAAGGUGGCCACUUCAAGUCUUUUUCAAUAUUUUAGAUUUAGCCGGAAUAAAUUGCUGGAUAUUGUACAAAAAUACAACAGGAGAAAAUAUCAUACGUAAAGACUUUUUGUUUCGAUUAGCAGAAGAGCUUGCUUCAGAAUAUCAGACUUCAAGGCAAAAACCACACGAAGCCGAUAUACCAACUGCAAGUGGCACGGUUCCUGUACGCAAAUGGUAUCAAAUAGGAUAUUGCAACAACAACAAGACUACAAAAAUUUGCAAUACAUGCAAAAAAAGUGUAUGCGGAAAGUGUACACACAGAAAAAUCUACAUAUGUAAAAAUUGUGUACAAAAUGUGUAAAAAUUGUGAUGGACAAACUAUAAACAAUUGAGCGUUUUGUUUCUUGAUAAUGUCUGUGAAUCUAUUUAUCUAUUAAAAUCGAUAUUAAUCAACUUUUUUGUCAUGUUUUAAGUGUGAAUAAAGAUUGGAAGCCUCAAUAAGGAUUUUUUUUACACCAGUCAUUCUGACUAGUUUUGGUAGAAAUAGUAUAUUAAAAUAGUCGGUAUAUGUUAAUGAUGAUUACCUAUUUUAAAUAAUAGUACACUUAGAUAAAAAGUCAGAGCACAAGGUCGGAUAGUUAUCUGAUAGUUAUCUGACUUAAGAUUGUCUUUCCGUGGUUCUUUUCUCAUGAACGCCCAAUAGUCUUUUUCAUUUGUACUCACAUUCAUACAUAUGCAUUUGGUAAUCCUUAUCACUUUUUGUCCUAUUCUUUGUUUCGUUGCCUCUCACUCUCUCUCUCUCUUUCUCUCUCUCUCUCUCUCUCUCUCAGCUCCUUCUCUAUCUUUCAUAAACAAUGCACCUUACAAAGGACAGAUCACUCUCUGUUCGACUGUUGAUCGAUUUGUUAUAUAAUUUGUUGAUAAUUUUCAUUUACAUGAAGUGAAGAAAUCACUGGAAUCAUUUGGCCUCGAAUCUAUGAUUCCUGAAUUAAAAAUAACAGUUAUAUAGUAUUAUGUAGCUUCUACCUAGUAGGCUUUAUUUAGUUUCUUGGCCUUAUAUGAAAAAAUAUUCAUUUUCCUUACAUGGUAUUCUGUCUUUGUCGUAGCUCGAUAUUCAGUACAUGUUACGUAGCUUAUAAUAAUAGUUACAUCUGAAUGUAGACAAAAUUACGAAAAAAUAUACGGUCGUAAUGUUCUUUCAUAAUUUCACUUUGUGUGUGUAAAUAUAUAGUAUAUAAUAUAAGAGUUUUACCAUGUUUUCGUUUAAUUCAUUAAAUAAUUUUAGGGCUUGAUAGAUUUUGUACUCAGACAAUUUGUACUCAAUUUUAAAAGGCCCAUUAUGCCUUCCAAUUUUUGUCAAGUUCUUGAUAAGGAUGUUGUAUAUAAGUUGCAAUUUAUAAAAAGAUAUAGCUAAUUGUUUAACAUAGUCAAUAAAGUAGGGUAGACCCGGUUCCGAAGUAUCUGUUUGAGAUAGGAUCACUCUAACUUUUAUUCUAGUACCUUUGUAGGAUUUUAAAAUGUGUGUGUGCAGCAUUACUCCAUAGUGGUGUUACGUUGGCAGCAAUGAUUAUUGGCCUAAUCAUUUCAUAUAAUAACAUUUUGUUUUGGAUUGAUAAUCUUGAGCUUUUUUGCUAUUAGAGGAUAUAUUUUAUUUUGAACUAUAUAUGCUUUUUUAAUUGUUUGAUUAAUGUGUGUUCUACAUGGGUGGUCUGAAAAGUUUCCAACCUAAUAAAGUUACAACACAUUUUUUCUUCAAAUUUAUUUUUAUUUUUCUACAUAGUCUUCUUGUAAGUCUACAUACUUCUCCUAGCAAUGCUCCGAUCUCUUUAACCAGUCCGAAUAGUACUCGACGUCU